GUGCAACCGUGCAGGCGAUGGGAAGCGAGGCAUCGUCACGCUCGAGUCUAUGGCCGAGAUGAAGGCGGCUAUCAGCAGGCGGCACAUCAACCUGGUGCUGAGGCAGCUCUUCAGCGACUACCGGAGCGGGAGGAUUCCGGAGAUCGAUCCUCUGCUAGAGAAGAUCUUGGCGUUGCUGCCGAAGAAGAAAAAUCCAAAGAAGAUCUCGCAAACGUACAAUCAGAUUGUUGCGGAGCUGUCUGACGCUGGCCAGCCAGACAUGGCCAAGGAGUGGGUUUCGCGUCUGAGGGCUGCUGGCUGCGAGCUGGAGACGGCGCAGCGCAUCAAGCUGGCUCAGGCUUGCUUCCUGAAGGGUGAUGAGCUCACUGCAUUGUG